GAAAGACAAUAGAAACCUUCACAAAGAACACGGUUCCAGAGGCUCGUAUAAUCUUUUGAUAUUUUCCUUUACUUAACAGACAAGGUUUUGGUCAGCACAAUGGCCACCUCAACCAGUUCUAAACUGAACAAAGCUGUUAAGCAACAGUACAUGGACCUCCCUCAGGGGGAUAAGGUCCAAGCCAUGUACAUCUGGAUCGACGGUUCUGGAGAGGGACUGCGUUGCAAGACCAGAACUUUGGAUUCUGAACCCAAGACAAUUGAGGAGCUUCCUGAGUGGAACUUUGAUGGCUCCAGCACGUACCAGUCAGAGGGCUCCAACAGCGACAUGUACUUGAUCCCUGCCGCCAUGUUCAGGGACCCGUUCAGAAAAGACCCCAACAAGCUGGUGCUCUGCGAGGUGCUCAAGUACAACCACAAGCCUGCAGAGACCAAUCUGCGGCACACGUGUAAGCAGAUCAUGAGCAUGGUGGAGAAUAACCACCCGUGGUUCGGCAUGGAGCAGGAGUACACCAUCCUGGGCACAGAUGGACAUCCCUUCGGCUGGCCCUCCAACGGCUUCCCUGGUCCACAAGGGCCUUAUUACUGUGGAGUUGGAGCGGACAAGGCGUACGGGCGCGACAUCGUGGAGGCCCAUUACCGGGCCUGCAUGUACGCGGGGGUUGACAUCUGCGGCACCAAUGCUGAAGUCAUGCCAGCUCAGUGGGAGUUCCAGGUUGGGCCCAGUGAAGGCAUCAACAUGGGGGAUCAUCUGUGGGUUGCUCGCUUCAUCCUUCACAGAGUGUGUGAGGAUUUUGGCGUGGUGGUCUCCUUUGACCCCAAACCAAUCACGGGCAACUGGAACGGCGCUGGCUGCCACACAAACUUCAGCACCAAGGAGAUGCGAGAGGAAGGCGGACUGAAAAUCAUCGAGGAGUCGAUCGAGAGGCUGGCCAAGAGACACAUGUACCACAUCCGGGCCUACGACCCCAAAGGCGGGCUCGACAAUGCCAGGCGCCUCACCGGCCGCCACGAGACCUCCAGCAUCGACGAGUUCUCGGCUGGCGUGGCCAAUCGGGGCGCCAGCAUCCGCAUCCCUCGCUCGGUAGGGCAGGACAAGAAGGGCUACUUCGAGGACCGCCGACCGGCCGCCAACUGCGACCCUUACAGCGUCACAGAGGCUCUGGUGCGCACGUGUUUACUCAAAGAACAGGGAGAGGAGCCCACCGAUCAGAUCAGAGCAUGAGCGGUCUUAACGUAUCAUUACCAGUACUGUAUCUAGCCACGUCUUUUCCCCAGACUCUAUGGAGGGAUGUUUAUCAUUCUCAAUUGUUGACUUGGCAGGUGAAAUAAUAAUCGGGUAUACCUGCGUUCUUUGUGCGUUCAAGUCUUAAUCUCUAACACGAAAACUGCCAAAAGGUUUUGUUGUGGCCGAGAUCAUAGAAUGACACAACUGUAAUGUGUGCUAAUGAAAAAUUGUCUUUAACUGCAGCAGGGAUUUUCUGCAGAUCUUGUAACUCUGACCAAAAGGAUCCUAUUGGCAUUUGAAUGCUUUUUAUCAGUGUUGGCCUCUGUCACAAUGGUGGUUAUGUCAUGUUGUGUAACGUCAAAUCCAAGCCAAUCUACUUUUCUAUGUUUUUAAAAAAAUAAUCCAUAUAUGUUUUUUCAUGUGUCAUUGUAAAAAAGAAAUAACUAACUAAUCA